GUUUGAUUACCACUCAAAAAACGAACAGCUGUUUAUCGUCCAACAAAGCUUCGUGCAUCUCUUUGCUCUUCUUCUCCUAACUGUCUCCCUCUCACAUCUCCUCUCUGAUUCUUCGCCUUUGGAAAAGUAAACAGAAAAAGAGAAGAAGCUUUUAAAAUCCAGCAGCUAGCUAUGGCGUUUCUUCUACCUAAUCUCUCCCCUUCUUUCCUUCUUCAAACUGGAAAAUCCCUCAAAGAUAAACCCAUUUACAACCAAUCUCUAUCGUUAUCAUCGUCUUCCUCCAAUUGCUACGAAUUUGAAGAAGAUAGUCUCUCUCUGCUUUCUCUUCCCGUCCACGCUCCUCCUGUUCGAGGUGCGCAGGUUAAGACCAGACCCAGUGCGCAAGAUAAGCACCAGCAUGACAAAGAUGAAUUCUACAUCAAUCUUGGUUUAGCUGUACGCACGCUCCGUGAAGAUUUGCCUUUGCUCUUCACCAAAGAUCUCAAUUACGACAUUUACAGGGAUGAUAUAACAUUGGUGGAUCCAGUGAACACGUUCUCUGGGAUUGAGAACUACAAGCUGAUUUUCUGGGCACUCAGAUUUCAUGGGAAGAUACUGUUCAGAGAUAUAUCACUUGAGAUCUUCAGGGUCUGGCAACCAUCAGAGAACAUGAUUCUCGUCAGGUGGAAUCUUAAAGGUGUACCUAGAGUUCCAUGGGAGGCCAAAGGGGAGUUUCAGGGCACAUCUCGUUAUAAACUCGACCGCAAUGGCAAAAUCUACGAGCAUAAAGUCGAUAACUUGGCUUUCAACUUCCCUCACCAGCUCAAGCCUGCCACUUCUGUUUUGGAUUUGGUCACUGCAAGUCCCAAUCCAACUUUCAUGUUUGGCUCUGCGGUUUCAUACUCAUCUUCUUCUUGGAUUGAGUUCUAUCAAGCUGUGCGAAGGACAUUAGACAAGCAAGAAGAGCAAAUCCUUGUGCAAGACCGUUUUGUCAUAUGUUCAUAGAGCCGUUGGGUCACACUCUGGUGUAUAUAUCUAUACUGUUGCAUUGAAGAUAAAUAUACUUAUAUAUAUGUGCAGGCAUAUGUAGAUGUGGUUGACUUAGGUUUUCAGAAAUCAUGAAGGGUAGGGAAACCAAACGCAACACACUCUGUGUAGUGUGUACUCAUGAGCUUUGUACAACUUGCCUAUCGAAUAAUGUAAACAGACAAUUAUUAUCUUAUAACACACUCGAGUUUUUGU